AUGGAGGUUGAUCAUUUCAGUCAUGAGCAUCCGUUGACCUUCAUUGAAAAUGAGAAACAAAUUUCACGAAAGCACAGGAAGAAGAAUAUUUUAUGCAAAGGGUGCCAGAAAUUCUGCACUUUUCCACUCUACGCUUGCACCCAGACCCAGUGCUCGUUUUAUCUGCACAAAUCAUGCGCCGAGCUCCCAACGGAGUUCCAAAAUCCCUUUCACCCACAUGGACCUCUCACGCUACGCUUCGAUCCCAGUAAAUCAUUUCCCUGCAGGGCUUGUUUUAAAAGUUGCAUUGGCUUCUACUUUCACUGCGAGGUACGCAAAUUUGACCUGCAUCUUGAUUGUGCUUUUCUAAUGACCACUGCAGAAGAAGAAGAACAACAGCAAGGCUGUAAGCAACUACAACACUGUAUCCACUUGCAUCCACUGGUACUUGUUGACAAGAAGGAUGAGGUAGUUAAUCAAAUUAAAUGCUUUAUAUGUGGGGAACAUUGCUUCGCUGCUUGCUAUGGCUGUGACCCUUGUGGUAUCUCUCUUCACAAACCAUGUGCUGAAUUCCAGUACCCACAAGAAAUCCAAAACUUCACUCACUCAUGCCCUCUCACCCUCCAAACUCGAGUCCAUCCCUUUCGCUGCCAAGCCUGUGACACUUGUAUGAUGGGCAUUUCUUACCGCUGUGAGCAGUGCAGGUUUAAUAUUGAUGUUGAAUGCGCCUUAUUAAGGAGCAUAAAAUCUGAUGACGGAAAGCAAAUUAAACAUUUCAACCACAAGCAUCCCUUGACUCUCAUUGAGAAAUUAGGGGAUGGUGACCAAGUUCAUUGCUUCGUGUGUGGACAAGGCUGCUUAGGAACAACCUACUACGUAUGCAACAAAUAUGAAGGGGAAUUUUCACUCCAUGAAUCCUGUGCUGGUUCUGCUCCGAGGAUCUAUGACUUUCCUCCACCCAGACCACCCUCUAUCCCUGCUUCUUAG